GAAAACGACUAGGACGGAAGUGGGAUAUUUGAAAUCUGGCAGUUGAAGUCGAGCCUUUUAUUCUGUCGUAUUCAAGAAAAGGGAUUAAUAACAUCGGAAAAUGAUGGAGGAAGAGGAGCAUACAGACAGAAAGCAGCAGCUGGCCAUGCUUCAUCAAAAGCUCAACAAAAUUAAAAAGUAUUUUAAUGAAGAUGACACAGACAAUAUCAACCAGGUUAUUGGCUCCAACUCACCUGAAUCAUGUCAUUCAUAUUUGAUGGACCUGGAAAAGAAAGGGGACCCUCAGCUGGAUCGUAACCACCUCACCAGACUCGUUGACUUCUAUACCAGGGUGUUCUCCAAUAUGCCACUGGGGAAUCAUUGUCAGAAUGAGAGCUAUGCCAGGAUGUUGGUCAGAUUUGCAGAGCUAAAUGCAAUCCAAGAUGUGAAUGAGGCAGAAUCCAACUUCAAUGUUGCAAGAUCUCACAGCCAGAACUUUGCAUUUGUUCACAUUGCACAUGCGCAGUUUGAACAUUCUCAAGGCAACACAAAAAGAGGCAUUUACAUAUUGCAGAAUGCCAUUGAAGUGGGGGCCAGACCAAAGGAACUGCUAGAGGCGGCUUUGCAAAGCAUGCAGACAGGAAAAACACAGCUUGUCUGUUUAGAGGAUAAGGAAAACAUAUCACAUUUUUCAAACAGUUAUGUGCACAGUUCUGUCAGAAAAGGCUCAGAGUCACAAAAAGUUAGCAGAAUAUCUGACGGGACGGGCGAGCUUCAGCUUUCUAGCGUUUUUGCUUCAGGGACUGAGCCCUCUGUUGGAUCAUCAGAUGACCAGCUACCAUGCUGGAGAUCUGGGUCCCAACGAAAGAGAGCAGUGGGCAUGCCAGUGAGAGUUCCUAUAGUGCCUUUCUCUAUCCCGGAAAAGGAUGAUGAUGAAGACUACAUCCAUGAGAGGUCCUCAACGAAAAGUGAUGCUUCAGUUCACAGCAGUUUAUCGAGGCAAACAUCAGGUUCAAGCAUGAACUCAGUAUUUGGGCUGUCGUCCACAAAGAAAAAUGUCGUCCAUAGAGCUUUCCAACCACACGUUAUCAGCCCAGAACAUUGCUCUUGGGAGGACCAGGCAGCUGUGGACUCCACCACCACACUUCUUCACUCACAUGACGCAAAGAACACCUUGAAAAUGGAAGAUGUUACGUACAGCUUUGACCAGGUGGUAAAUACAAACUCCCCCGAGUCAUUUUGGACAUAUCUGAUGAACCUGGAGAAAAGAGGAAACCCUCACACAGACAUCAACCUUCUUAAUAAACUCAAGGACUGUUAUUCCAAAAUCUUCUCCAGGCUUCCAAUAAGGCAGUUCAGCAAAAACGCCACCUAUGCCAGAAUACUAGUCAGAUAUGCAGAACUCAAAGGGAUUGAAGACUGUGAUGAAGCACAAGACCAUUUUAUAGUCGCCAGAUCAAACUGUAAAGGUUUUGCCUUCGUCCACAUAGCACAUGCCCAGUUUGAGGUGUCCCAAGGUAAUGUGAUCAAAGCCACUUCCAUUCUGCACAAAGCUCAGGCAUUGAAUGCCAGGCCAGCAGAGCUCCUGGAGAUGGCCAUACGAAACCUAAAGGCUGGUUUAAAACAGCUUGUUCCUGCCAGAGAAGAAGAACACUCCACAGAUUUGCAAACAUAUGUUCCUGGAAGUUUGUCCACUUGUGUGAGACACCAGGAACCUCAGCUUCCUGCUCGGGUUCCUUUGAGCCAAUCAGGUGAAAAGCUGAAACCUGUCAGCAAGGAGCCUGUAAGAGAGUGGAAGAAGCCAGCACUCGUCAACCGGCAUGUUUCUCCAGAGGAUAAACGCACCUCACCUCCUGACCCUAGAGCUGUUCCCUGUGUGCUGGAGUCUCUCCGUACUCCGUCCUACCAUCUCCCAUCCAGACUGAACCCUCCAACAGUCUGUCAGACACCCAACAGCUACAGAGCACCUGCUAACAGCUUUGUUACUCCUGUUGUGAAGAGAGGCCCUGAAGUGUCUUCCUCUGCAGUGGCAGCUCACAGAGCUGAACCCGUCCAGCAGCCAUGUACACCACUAAACCAAUCUGCUUCUUUUCACACUCCACAGGCUUCUUUUUCUGGGUUGUCAAAUGAAUCCAUUACCAUCAAGGGCAAGCAGUUCUUCAUACUUAAGAUGAUUGGACGAGGUGGAUCCAGCAAGGUCUACCAGGUCCUGGACCACAAAAAGCAGCUGUUUGCUGUGAAAUAUGUCGACCUCUUGGAAGCUGAUUCUCAAACAAUAGAGAGUUACAAAAACGAGAUUGAACAUCUGAACCACUUGCAGCAGUACAGCGAUCAAAUAAUUAAGCUCUAUGACUAUGAAAUAACAAACAGCUACAUCUACAUGCUGAUGGAGUGUGGAAACUUGGAUCUGAACACUUGGUUGCGAAACCGCAAAGUUGUGAAUCCGCUGGAGAGGAAGUUCUACUGGAAGAACAUGCUGGAAGCCGUCCAGACCAUCCACAAGCAUGGAAUCAUCCACAGCGACUUGAAGCCAGCAAACUUUGUCAUAGUGAAUGCUUCGCUCAAGUUGAUCGACUUUGGCAUCGCGAACAGAAUCCAACCAGAUGUAACGAGCAUCAUGAAGGAUUCACAAGUUGGAACCUUGAACUAUAUGCCCCCUGAAGCCAUCAAAGACACCUCAUCCCAGCAUGGGAAGGCACGCUCAAAGAUCAGCCCUAAAGGGGACGUGUGGUCCCUUGGAUGUAUCCUGUACUGCAUGACUUACAGGAAAACUCCGUUCCAGAGCAUCACCAAUCAGAUUGCAAAGCUGCACGCCAUCAUCGACACAUCUCAUAUGAUUGAAUUUCCUGACAUCUCAGAGAAGGAUCUGCUGGAUGUGUUGAAGAGGUGCUUGGUACGAAACCCCAGAGAGAGAAUCUCCAUCACUGAGCUGCUGGAGCAUCCGUACCUGCAGCUCAAGCCUCAGCCAUCACCUGAGUCAGAACCUCAAUGUAAUAGUGAUCUCCAGAGGAUCCUGACAGACCUCGCAGCCCUUCAGUCUCCAGGCAGCAUCGUCAGAGCUGCCAAUAAUCUGGCAAAGAUGUGCAGCAGUGGCAGGAAGUUGGAUGUGGCUGAGUGUGCAAAGUCAAACUAACAAUCCUGGAAAACUGUUUUUUUAGGAUGUUCUUUUGCCCUUUACUUUUUGGACCCCUUUAAUACACUUCCAUUCAGUAACUGUAUUUUCUUUCUUUAAGUUGUAGUUCUAAAAUAUCUUUAUUUUUACCUUUGCUUCCUUGAAACCACUGUCUUUAUAUUGCCUUAUUGUAACAUAUACCAUCUGAUAAUAAAUGUAGGCUAGUCAAACAUCCUGUAUCCUU